AUGAUUCCUUCCCUGCCAGCCUUGGCUCUUGGCCUCCUGUUAACUCUGGCUUUGGGUCAGACAUUCCAAUUUCAAGAAAAUGUCUUUCUCCAAUUUCUGGGCUUAGACAAAGUCCCUUCACCCCAGAAGUUCCAACCUGUGCCCUAUAUCCUAAAGAAAAUUUUCCAGGAUCGAGAAGCGGCAGCAACGACUGGGGGCUCCCAAGACUUAUGCUCCAUAAAGAAUCUGGGUGUCCGUGGGAACGUGCUCCGACUUCUCCCAGAUCAAGGUUUCUACCUUUACUCCAAGGACCUUCCCCAAGCCUCUUGCCUACAGAAGCUCCUCUACUUUAACCUGGCUGCCAUUAGAGACAAGGAGCAGUUAACAAUGGCCCAGCUGGGCCUGGACUUGGGGUCCAACACUUACUAUAACCUGGGGCCAGAACUGGAAUUGGCUCUGUCCCUGGUUCAGGAGCCUCGUGUAUGGGGCCAGUCCAUCUCCACGCCAGGUAAACCGUUUGCACUGCAGUCAGUACCAUGGCCUCAAGGUGUCCUUCACUUCAACCUGCUGGAUGUGGCUAAGGAUUGGAAUAAUAACCCCCAGAAGAACUUAGGCUUGUUGCUAGAGAUAUUGGUCAAAGGAGACAGAGACUUUGGGGUGAAUUUUCAGCUUGAGGACACCUGUGCCAGACUGAGACAUUCUCUUCAUGCUUCCCUGCUAGUGGUGACCCUCAACCCUGAGCAGUGCCACCCUUCUUCCCGAAAAAGGAGAUCAGCCAUCCCUGCCCCUAAUGCUUCCUGCAAGAACCUCUGCCAUCGUCACCAACUCUUCAUCAACUUCCGAGACCUAGGUUGGCACAAGUGGAUCAUUGCCCCCAAGGGGUUUAUGGCUAAUUACUGCCAUGGUGAUUGUCCUUUCUCACUGACCACCUCCCUCAACAGCUCCAAUUAUGCUUUCAUGCAAGCGCUGAUGCAUGCCGUUGACCCACAGAUUCCCCAGGCUGUCUGUAUCCCCACCAAGCUGUCCCCCAUUUCCAUGCUCUAUCAGGACAAUGAUGACAACGUCAUUCUACGACAUUAUGAAGACAUGGUAGUUGAUGAAUGUGGGUGUGGGUAG